AUGACUACUCCUGUACACCGAACAUCCCGCCGUCCACCGGUCAAGGUUGCUUGUCUGGCCUGUCGCGCAUCACGGAUCCGAUGCGACGGUCAGGAAAAAUGCGCGAAUUGCAUUUCCCGGGAGAGAAUAUGCUGCUAUAUUCCCAGCAAGCGAGGCGGAGCGAGAGUUCCUCGCACCAAGCGCAAGAGCAGCAGCAGACAGUCGUCAUCCUCCACUAUACGGACUGUAGGUGGGAAGGAUGAGAUUCCGCAGGAAUCAACACCUAUUGCAGAAGGCCCAUGGAAUUCGAACAAUGAGGAUGACCUUCUCGAUCAUUUUAUGAGUCUAGGGAAACCAGGCGCAGGACUACGCAGCAUCGAAAGCUCGGUGGCCGAGAUGGAACACAUAUUUGACCAUAUCUUCGGGGUUGAGAAUGGGAAUCAUCUUGUCCCUGAAAACGAUGAGUCCGUCCCGGAUCUAUUGCAGGUAUACGGUAGCGACGAGGACAUACUCGAUGCUUACUACGUCUUCAUCCACCUCUACUAUCCCAUCCUACCUCCGCCGGAACGAUUCCCGGCCUACAAUCGUCCACUGGAUGAAAAUUCACCAUUCCGACCGUCCAGUCCACUAAGCUUGGCCAUCUCUGCCAUCCUCGUUCUCAUCCCGCACCCCGGGAUCAAGCAACCGGCGACGCCGGAGGAUACACGGCUGCGACGGAACGUAGCCCAUAGUUUUGCGCAGUCGGCUCUCCAAGCAGUAGAGGCCGAUCUGGAGUUACUAGACUCCUCGUCUGACCCGUCCAGAGCACUAAGUGACGGAGCCCCGAUGAUCGCCCGGCAGCCAUUCCAUCCGAAAGUGCCCCUGUCACUCGAGGCUAUUCUGGCGCUUGUACUCUUGAGUGUUUAUGAAUAUGCCCAACGUGGGAAUAUCAGAAAGAUGUGCAAUCGGGCCGGACAGGCCUUGGCAGCUGCCAUGAACAUGUCGUUGCAUGAGAUGGUCGAGGAUGACGAGUACGCCGAGGCGCGUCGGAGAGCUUGGUGGAUUACUUAUUUGACUGUUUGUCAAGGCUCGAUAGCCAGCGGGAUGCCGGCUGCAUUCAAUUUGUACGACCCGCGAUUUGUGACGCCGUAUCCCGAGGGAUGGAAACUCCUCAUUGAGGCGCAGCAGACAAUCCUCGAGGCCACCACGUUCGUCCACGAUCUCGACCAGACUGUCAAAUCUCGGUUCAAAGCAUCCUGGAUCUCGAGUCGAAUGACAGAACUAGACGAUCAAAUCACGACCCUCCUUCUUCUCUGCAGACGGUCCUCCUUAUCCACGACGGUCUCACCCUUGGACUCGCCGGAGAAGAUAGUCUCACAGACCAUCAACCAGAUUGCGGAGAUCAAGCUGCACAGCGCCCGCAUCAAAGUCCACCGAUUCUGCGCCUUCUCGGACGUCCCCAUCUUCCGCAAGCGCCACUGCGAUCUGCAACCCGAAUGCUGUGGCGCCGCGUCCGCGGAAUCCGCCAUCCCCUCGCCCCCGGAAGAUAUCCCCCUUCCCUCAAUCAUGAAAUCCGAUCACCCCGAUCUCACGUUCCCUUUCUCCUCACAUACAUCAUCCAAGAUAUGUCUUCAGUCUGCCUUGAACAUCGUCACCCUGGUUGAUAACCUCCCCUACCCGAAUCCAGACCAUACCAUCCCCUUGACCCUACCUCCAUAUCUGUCAAAUGCCUACCGUGUAGAGAUUCCCCGAGUGAUGCCAACCUUCGCUUGCUGCGUAAUGCAGGCGAGCUAUGCGAUGCUAAUGCUUUAUCUCAAGGCGCGGGCAAAACAUGCCAAUAGCCCCGAGGACUCGGUUUCCGCCAAGGGUUUGUCGCUCACCGGGUUUCUGAAUGAGUUGCAGCAGAAUCUGAGACUUGUUUCGAAGAUUCUGGCCAACUAUGCGAUUGCUGCUGAGGCGUUGCAGGGGAUGAAGGAGGAGGUAUCGCAUUGGGCUUUCUUGGACGGUUGA